AUGAACCGGUAGUUAAUCGGGACUACCACUAUCGGUGCAAUGAGAGCGCGAGAGUUGUAUAUGUGCUAGAUACCGUUGAAUGAACUAAUUGUGAUUGUGGGUGACUAAAUUUGUGUUAGUCCUUACCGAAGAAGAAAAUUAAAACAAAACGUGAUUUUGAUCUUAAAAAAAAAGAUGACUGAAAUAAAAAGUUAUUUGGCAGUUGUAUGGUGUUUUUUUGAGACAUUAUUAUUUGGAGGAUUGAUCUAUGGAUGGGGAUCCCUAGUAUUUAUUUUAAUAGAUGAAGGGGUAUAUUCUGAUCUUUGUGAACAUAUUCCUGUAAAUCUUACAUCCAAUAUAAGUCUGGUCAGUAAUUCUAGUCUUACAAAAACUAAUUGUGAAGGCCAAGACUCGAUGUUGACGCUUGUGUUCACUGUAGCUUCCUUCUUAUUCUGUGCUGGCUGUGCUGCUAUGGGACAAAUUAAUUAUAAGUUUGGAACAAGAAUUACCAGGAUUAUAUCUUUUUUAUUGUUUGAAUUAGGUGCACUGUUGAUAGCUUUUGUUAGUCCAAGUGUACCAUGGUUGAUAUUUCCUGGUUUAACAUUGAUAGGUGUUGGUGGGAUACCUUUGUUGAUUACAAACACUCAGAUUUCUAACUUAUUUCAAAGGGGUAGUUCUACUAUAGUAGGUUUGAUAUGUGGUGCUUUUGAUGGAUCAUCUGGUGUUCAACUUCUUGUUAAGAUUGGAUAUGAGAAUGGUUUCUCUCGUCAAAACUCAUAUUUUGUUUUGGUUGGUUUACAUACUCUAGUAUUAGUUAGUACCUUUGUCUUUCUACCCAAAGGUUUCAUACCUAAACCCCAGUCAAUAGAAAUAUCAGAGGUGGAGUAUGAAAAAGAAAACAAUAUCCACUUAACUCAAAUAGAGAACUCAACAGAAACAGAUGAUGCAGAUGAAGUCAGCUUUAAAUUAGUUAAGAAGGAAAAAUUAAGUAUGAUGGAGGAGAAGAAACUGCCAUCUUUAAAGAGUUGUUUAUUUUCUAGUACCUAUAUAUUACAUGUAGUAUGGGUGUGUGUGUUACAGCUACGAUUCUAUUAUUAUAUAGCUACCUUAAACCCAUGGUUAAACAAACUUUUACAUGCAGACCAUAGUCAAGUCAGUUAUUUUACCAAUGUAUCUAUGUAUUUGUUGAUACUUGGUGUAGUUACUUCCCCUCUUGCUGGUAUGGUAUAUGAUUUAUGUAAGAUGAUAUCUACUGGCAGCCGUUCUGAAUUGAGACGUGAUUUAUUGCCAGCAGUACCACCAUUAAUAAUAGGAAGUUGUUUAGGACUAUUAGCAUCAGUAUUGGUAUUAGUACCAUCUACAGAAAUAUUAUAUGUUUUAUUCAUAACAGUUACCGUCUUUAGAUCAUUUUUAUACUCUGUUGCUGCAGCAUUUUUAAGUGCCAUGUUUCCAAGUGAAUAUUUUGGUCUAUUAUAUGGUUGGAUGGUGAUAGCUGCAGGAAUAUUUAGUUUUUUCCAGUUCCCAUUGUUUAAAUGGUCAGAAUCUACAAACUUCACCCAGGUAAAUGUAUUUCUGCUGUGUUUUCUGUUUAUAUCAUUGAUACAUCCAUUCUAUCAGUGGUGGAGAUGUCGUAAAGCAGAAUCAUCUCUUUUAAUAGAAGAAAAUAAGACAGAUAACUAAAGAAGAAGUCAAGCUGGUAUAUUAUAUAUUUUGAAAAUCUUUAAGAUAAUGUAAGAGUAGAUAUCAAAGGUCCAUAGACUAAAUGUGAACUAAAGGCGUCCGCAUUUAAAUUAAUUUGACACGACAUUUUCUACUCUUUAUGAAAAUGAGAAGUGAGUACCUUUAUGUCAUGUUAUCAAUGACAUUGAUCAAUUUACCUUCAAGUUAUUAUCUGUUGAUUGUUUUAUUGUUUUAAGUGUUGUUAAGUUUAUGCAGAUUUGUACAGGUACUGUAUGUUGCAGUAUAAAGUUUAAACAAUAUUUUAUUCAAUAAACUGAAUUGGAUUGAACAACAGGAAAAGGCCGGAGUUCUCUCCAAAAUGCUACUUGAAUUUAAUAAGACAGGUAUUAAGUCGGAUUCAAUACAUUAAUUUCUUGCUCGCAUCAAUUUCUUGAUUUACAGUAAUAGGUUUGCAGUGAUAAUAGUAUGUUUCCUAUAGUGUUCAGUGAAUGUUGAUGUAUAAAAUUAUAUUUGAAGGAGUGUUUUUAUCAUAAUUUUUAUAAUUCAUACGUUUGAGGAAAGUAUGUUUUAUUAGAGAGUUCCAUGAAUAUUAAUGUAUUAAACUAUAUUUUUGAUGGAGUAUUUUUAUCAUAUAAUUUUAUAAUGCAUUUCAAUUGACAUUGUAUUGUUUAUUUUUGUUUUUGUUGCUUGUAUAUAUCUUAUUACCUCUCUAUUGACAGUAUUGACCUCCAGGACUUGGUUUUAUCAUAAAACAAAUUUGUUUAAGGGUAAUUAUAAAUUAUAGUCAAAUGAAUUAAUAAUUUUGAAAUCCAUGACCAGUUUAUAUAAUCUGCAAUUUGUUGAAUCAUUUACAUAAACGGAGCAGAACAGUAGGACAUUUAACCCCAUUUCAUUUCAUUUACAUAAGACAGAUGUUGUUAAAUUGUUAAUAAUAUAUUAACUGACAUGGCAGAAUAUUUUUAUAACCUUCCAAAGAAUCUAAAGACAUUUAUAUCAGUUAGAGUAGAUCUAUGACAAUUGAAAUUUGCUUAAAUAACCUACUAUGUUUAAAACAUACACUUUUGUCUUGUAAUUAUUUUGUAUUUAAUUGUCAGUACAGGUACAUCUUUUAUAUACUGAUGUCACAGUUUGGCUUGAUAUCUUAUAGUUUUUAGUUAACCAAAAAAGUGACCAUGGACAUAAUAUUGUUGCAAGUAAAAUGGUAGACACACAUAAUAUACAAUACAGUACUCCAAAACCCUAGGUAUAUAAAUCAAAAAAAGACAAGAAAAUACCAAAUCAGGUUUAUUUUGAUAAUGAACAGUUUGGUUGUUCCAUAAAGACAAUGAAAAAUAUGUGAAGCAGAGCGAAGCUAUUAUAAAAUUAGACUCCAUAUGCAAAUAAAGAAACAAAUAAAUAUGUAACUGAUGGAUUUUUUUGUGAUUCCCAUGUACUAAGGACUGAUUUUCUAUGUUUAAUCCGUGUGGAUUUAUAUUGCAUUUUUAAAGGAAUAAACUAUAACACAUACUUAUGGAAGAAAAGUUACUGAUUUAUUUCAGUAAUUGUUCUUCCAUAAGUAUGUGUUAUAGUUUAUUGCUCUAUCCAGUUACUAAAUGCCUCUAAAAAGAUUAUUUUUAAAGGAGAGGUCCCAGUUUUCACCUGGUCUUUGAAAAAAACAGUUUGUAAGGAAAUAGAUUUUAUUUACCUUGUAUGCAUGUUUUGAGCCAUUUGGAAAGAAUUGCUGAAACAGUUGACAGACAUUACACUGCCAGAUAAACACUGCUAAUCAAUACAUUUUUAAAACUUAGCCAAAAACAAAUUAAAAACUUAGCAGUAACGUACAAAGUUCUAUUACUCACUGGACCCCACUCCAACACCACAAAAUGAGGGUUGGUAUAUUUCUUUGAAAACCUAUCUGAGUGCUUCAGAUAGUUGUUUAAGAUUAAUAUCAAGGAUUCUAAAUCCUUCCACACAGAAUGAACCAGUUUUAUUUACUGAAAUAUAUCUGGGAUUUAUUCUUUAUGUAUGAUGCUUUCCACCAAUAGGUACUAUAAAAUUUCCAUUGUUUGAUAACAACAGGAUGGAAUCUAAUAUUUUACAAAGUUUAUUUUUUAGGAUGUAUCUUUAUAUUUCAUGUUUUAUUUUCUUUUAAUGUGUAUGAUACAGAUCAAUGAAAACCUGUGCUCUAAUUUUUAGAUAAUUUUUUAGUUUAUUAGACAAAUGAUUCCAGAUAAUUGCUUUAAGUCAUCACCCUUGAUCAAUUUGGUAAAGCUUGAUCGGCUAAAUUUAGAAUCCAAUUGAAUUUGUACAAAGUAAAGCUAAAAGUAAAGUCAUAGUAGUAGUGGUGCAUACAGUUUUAAGUUCCAUUUGUAAGGUUUAAAAUGAGUAUGUAUAUUUAUUUUUUUUUGAAAAGGGCAUUGCCACUUAGAACAUGAAAAUAAAUUUGAUUAGAUAUAUAUAUAAUACCAUCUUCAAAAUAACAAUCUAUUUACCCAAUUAACUAUCCAAGCACUUUGAGUAAAGCAUUUUGCACAGAUAUUUUGUAUAUGUUCUUUAUUAAACAAACUAAGUAUAUUGAAUUGCUUUUGCUUUCUAAUCUAGUAAUAUAAAAACGUUAUGCUUUAUUUUGGUUUAGUUACGUUUGGUCACAACCCAAAAUUUAUGAGACGUUCAAAUUGAAUGCUAAAUGACAUUUAGAAGUAGAGGUAUAUCAUUAAUAAAAACAUAACUUUUUGAAUUUACUUGAACUGGAAGAGUAUUAAAACAUUGCAUGUAAUAAAGCAAGAAAUAGUAAAUCCGUAAAGUUGUGUUAUUAUAAAAAUCUAGCGACAAUUAUUAAAUUUAUAUUAAGUAUGUUUUAAGUAUAUUAUAUUGGCAGGGAUGAUCAACUUUUAUGAUAAGUAAUUCCCAUAAAUUAUUUAUGAGGAGUCUGGUGGUUGGACUAAGGAUAAUAUAGAUGUACUAAAUACCUACUAAUGACAUAUCACAGGGGAUAUCUCCUGUUAAACGGUAUCUCCUAGGAAAUACAUGUAUUGCUAUUUUUGAAUCUGUCGGUGUGACUUCUUUUCAAUUUUAUAUGUCUACAUUUAAUGUUUUAUCUAUAUUGUUGUCACCUUUGUCCAUUUUUAUGGAUUUUUUUUCAAAUUUGCAGGGUAUAUUAAUGUGGUUCGAAAUUCAGAACCUUUCAGUCACAUCAAAUCAGAGUUUGUGAAUUUUUCAAAACUCAGUGUGAUUGUUUAUUUCAAAUUUUGCAGAUUCUAAUUUUUCUGUUCACAUUUUGUCAGUUUGGGAUGGAGUUCAUAGAUUAUUUUUUUAAAACUUACCCUGUAAGGUUUGAUAUCAGUGAUAUAAGAAUUAGAACAGGGUGGUUCAUUGUUUAUGGGCCUUUUAUUGGGCCUGACAAGACAUACUUGUAUUGUUUGAUAUUGAUAAAUAUAUUUGAUAUUUAAAAAGAUGUUAUUUUAUGUAUAUUCAUAUCUUAAAUAUUGCAUAUAAAUUUGUUUGCAUAUAAAUGGCUUAUUAUGUAGUAUUUCAUUUCAUAUUUUGUUGUUUCCAUAUAAAUAGUACAGACUUUGCAUAUAAAUUCCCUAUUUGUAAUGUAUAUGUAAUGUUCGCAUUGAUAUUUGUUUUUUGCUUUUAUAAAUUUCUUUUAAGAAUUACUACAAGUAAUUUGACAGAUCAGUACCGGUAUUUUAAUUUUAAAAUUAUUUUGUUUCUUUUAGUACAGCUAGUUACUAGUUAGACAUUUUAUGCUUACAUGUGUUCGUUCUCUAGUACAAAAUACUGCAUGACAUAAUUAUGUAUGUAAAAUUAGAGCAAAAGAACGGGAUAUGGACAGAUUGGCAUUUUUUUUGUCCCCUACCUUUCAAAGAAAGUAGCAGAAUAUUAAAAUUGGCUUAUCUGUCCAUCCAUCUGUCUGUCACACUUUCUGAAUCCCUUGUGCCUGUGGGAAAUAGUCCUAUGAGAGACUUUUUCGAUUUUUAGAAAAAAAUAAGUACAUAUACAGGAUAAUAUCAAUAUUUCAAAUUUAUUUUAUUUACUGUUGUCAUUUUAAAGUUUGCUUAUUAUUAUAAGAUAUAAAAAUAAAUAUAUAUUUUUAGUGUUCUGAAGCAUUUGUGUAUUUAUAUGAGGGAAGUUAAAAUGUAGGUGUAUAUUGCCUUCGCCCCACCAUAUCCAUCUUUUCAGCCCUAGUGGCCAG